AUGCGCGGGAUCGGCUCCUCGGACACUGAUGAUCCCUUCACGCUGGCUCUCAAGCCGCCUCCAGACGAAACCGAUGAGGCCCGGUCCUUGCGUCUGGCGCGCGAGGCCGAGGCCCGAAAGGUAUCGCAGCGGAUUGACGAUGCGAUCCGGGCUGAACGCUUGGCGAACAAGAAGAAGAAGAUUGUCCGCGUCCUACUAGUCGGCCAAAGCGAAUCCGGCAAAUCUACGACCUUACGACAGUUUCAGCGUCUGUACACGCCGAGUGCUUUCAACAAUGACCGCGUGCACUGGCGCGCCAUCAUUCAGCUCAACUUGAUCCGGUCGAUUCAGACCAUCCUCUCCAACAUUUCCGGUCCCACCCCGCCCGGUAGCGGACUACGUUCACGCUCAAACUCGCAUACAGCGCGCUCUGUACGCUCGCACACACGGACAUAUGACUCUGGCGCCACGGACGAGAAGUCGAUCAGCGGUCGCUCGCGUGCGCCAUCUUGGUCUAAUGCCCCGCCAUUACCUGUCGCCGGCUCCUCGAAAGAUGCUGCGCGUCAAUGGGCCCCCUCGCAGUCCCAACCGACGCAUGACAUGGAUGUCAUUGAGGAAGCCAUCUCUGAUGGGGACUUCGAGUUCGGCUCAUCGUCUCAACCGGGCCCAAGUGGCCUGUAUGCCAGUACCAGCGGUGCCGGUCACAAACGGCGAGCAUCCAAUGUGCACAGGCACGGACAUUCGCCCAGCGCUGGCACGGACUUCGGGGGUGAUGAAGAGGAUGAUGACGAUCUUGAAGGGCUCGCCCUACGUUUGCUGCCGCUACGCCACGCAGAGGCACUACUGAAGGCGAAACUCGUACCGCCUGACGAGGAAGAACCUGUUGAUAUGGGGGCACCGCCUUCACCUAAUGCUCCCCCUCGCGCGGGGUUCAAAGAGGUCUUUGUGCGUCCAGGCCGUUGGGUCGGACUUUUCCGCGGCGGCCGUAGCUUGGCACCCGGGGAAUUGGAAGCAGACGAGGUUCAACGCACUUUGGUGCAAUGUCGUGACGAUAUGUUGCGUUUGUGGCACAAUAGAACUGUACGUACUCGACUGGCGAUCAGGAAGGUCCGGUUGGAGGAGGAGAGCGGGUUCUUCCUCGAUGACUUGGAGCGAAUAACUCACCCCAACUAUACCCCGUCAGAAGACGAUGUUCUGAAAGCCCGACUCAAGACCAUCGGUGUGUCUGAACACAAGUUCGAGAUGGAGGCGGGGGAUCAGCGGGGGACGGAGUGGCGGAUUGUAGACGUCGGCGGGUCCCGAUUCCAGUGCGCAGCUACCUGGGUGCCCUUUUUCGACGACGUGGAUGCCAUCAUCUUUCUAGCUCCAAUAUCCGCUUUCGACCAGGUGCUUUCCGAGGAAGAGCGGGUCAACCGACUAGAGGACUCGGUCCUGCUCUGGAAGGCUAUGUGCAGUAAUAAACUGCUCGCAAACGUUGACCUGGUCUUGUUCCUCAAUAAAUGCGACAUCCUAAAGCGCAAGCUGGAUAAUGGCGUGCCGCUUGUACGCUAUGUCAAGUCAUAUGGCGACCGUCCAAAUGAUGUGGAGAACGCUUGCAAAUACUUCCUUUCUAAAUUCGGUGCUAUCCAACGCUCAAGUUCCCCUCUACCUCGCAAGUUCUACGGCUUCUGCACUUCAGUAACUGACUCUGUGACGACAGCCGGUAUACUGGCGAGCGGUAAGUCCACGUCGUUACAUACAGCCUUCUUCGCAGGUGGCUGA